AAUUGUGAGUUAUCUGAAUGGGCUUUUGAACGACAUUCAUUGACCGUGAGUUUUACACGUGUGGCCUCCAGGCUGCUGGGGGCGCCAGUUAGAGAGGCACCCGGAUGUCUUUACCACACAUGGAGGAUGUUGUGUCUGUGAGCUCAUCUCAGUGCACUGAACACUUUCAUAUGUAUUUAAUACACUGUACAAUAUGUGUACUUGUGUGACAGCUUGCUGACAUUAUGCCAACAACAAACAGAAAGAAGCAGAAGAAAGGGAGGGAUACCUCGGUACAGGGGACCAACGACAGCAGCACGGUGAGCAAGGUGUCUGCUGCAGCGCAGGGCUACUUCCACGAUGUCUUCCUCCAACACUUUGUGUGCAAAGUGGCCAGGAGAGCCCCGCUCAUCAACAGGGGCUACUACGUGCGCUGGAGAGCUGUGGACCACUGCGUGAGGAGGUUCUUACACAUUACUGAAAACUGCCCCAAGAGACAGAUCGUGUCUUUGGGUGCAGGGUUCGACUCUGCGUAUUUCCGCCUCCACGCAGAUGAAGCACUGGACAGGGCUGUUGUGUUUGAGGUAGAUUUUCCUGAUGUCGCCCGGCGCAAAGCUGCCCUGAUCAACUCUAAUGUUACACUGAGAGGGAUGUUAGACCCCAAUUCAUCUUCUCUUUCAGGACCUGUGUAUGUGUCCAGUGGUCAGUACCGUCUGCUAGGGGUGGAUGUUAGAGAGGAGUCCCAGUUUGAGGAGGCUCUGGGAGCAGCUGGGCUUGACUGGGCUGCCCCCACACUAAUCCUCUCUGAAGUGGUGCUCACCUACAUGGAAACACAAUGGUCAGACGCUGUCAUUAGUUGGGCAGCAAAGCUCCUGCCACAGUCACUCUUCGUCAUGUAUGAGCAGAUACAUCCAUUCGAUCCCUUUGGUCGCAUCAUGCAAGAUCACUUCCUGAAACUAAAUUCAACUCUGCAUGCCCUCCGACAAUACCCGGACACUGCUGCACAGAGGCACCGCUUCCUGGACAAGGGCUGGGAGCAGUGUGUGUGUCUGGAUCUGAAUGACUUCUACCUCGGGCUGGUCCCUGAGGAGGAGAGAUGCAGAGGGGAGAGCCUGGAGCCUUUUGAUGAAUAUGAGGAGUGGCACCAGAAAUGUUCCCACUACUUCAUCCUUACUGCAUCUCGAGGCUCUUUGAUGGAGCAGGCUUUACUCACGCAUGCUCCAGUAUCUCCAGUGCCGUCCGUUUGCCCGUCUUGGAGCACCACAGCCCUGAGUGUGCAGACCGUACCAGUUUGUACAGAGGGGCUGGGGAUGGCUUCCACCUCGGUGAGCCCGGGGCAAGUCCUGCUAACAGGAGGCUCUAGCAGAAGAGGCAGGGGGAUGGGAACCAGGAUCCUCCUCAGGGGCCAGGAGGGCUGGACGUCUGUUAGUGUGGAACCAGCAGUAGAUUUAGGUGUUCGACUCUACCACACUGCCACCUCUCUUCCUGGAAGAGGUGUUGUGGUAUACGGCGGUCGCUCCUCUCCACUCAAACCCGCCAAAGACCUUUUCAGAGUAACCCUGGACCCCUGUGGUCCAGCUGGUCCUCUCGACUCAGAGGACCGAGACACGGGGAAACUCUGUGUAGAGCAGAUGGUCUGUACGGGUGAUCCACCACCGCCCAGAUGGAGGCACACUGCUACGAUGGUCCGUCACAAAGGUGAAGACUUUCUGUUUGUGUUUGGUGGAAAGAAUGAAUCAGAGGCAGUUCUGGGUGACGGCUACUUCCUGAGUCUAGACCAGCAGCACUGGACUGAGAUCCCAGUAGAGGGCGCAGCACCAGAGGCUCGUCAUUCCCACUCAGCAUGUUCAUAUCAGGGAGGUGUGGUGGUGUUUGGAGGACUGGACAGAAGGGGGGUACCACUGGGGGACACAGCGGUGUUGAGGCCAGCUGAGAGAGGCUUCUCCUGGGAAACAAUAGAGCUGCAGCCUCCUCCUGUUCCCAGAUACUCUCAUUCUGCCCAUGUGAUUGGUGAAAAGCUGGUUGUGGUUGGUGGAGUUUGGCUGCAUUCAGACGGUGUACCAGGUGUCGUUGUGAUCGACCUCACCGAGCGCAGCAGUGUGGAAUUCAGCCUGGACACGUCCUCGGUGCCGUGGCCACUGAUGCUCCACUCAUUCUGCUCUGAGCUGACGGACUCAGAAGAGCUGCUCCUGAUAGGUGGAGGAGGAAACUGUUUCUCUUUUGGGACUCACUUCAACCUUCAGCCUGUCACUGUGGACCUCAGACCCGCGCUGGGAUGAAGCAGCCUGAAGGGUCAGUCAAUCCAAACCGACAUCAGAGAACUAGCGGCGCCGAAGGCCGACUGUUGCGUCGCCUCACAUCGCCUGUAUGUUGGCCUUAAAGUUGCACUCGAACACACCGCAAAGACGACAGCCAACGGCCAACUACCACAUACGUUCUGCGCCUGCGUGAGAUGAAAUAACUCCACACCAGCAGGUUGCCCUGGUCUGUAUUCAUCGUUCAAAAAGGGAAACUGGAAGACCGAGGACGGUGGAUAUACAAGCUUCAUUCCAGACGGCCAUGUCAUUGUGAAAAUAUUUGUGUAUUUGAAUGAUCAGAUGAGAUGAAGAUGAAAAAUGAGAAGAGUCUUCUGUGUGUGUCCUCUUGACUUUAGUCACUUGCUUGAUUUCUCUCACGAAGUGUUCCGCCACCGAGUCAACAUGCUGAAAUUCAAAAAGCCACUAACAAGGGCAGACUAGAGUCAACCACAGACUGUAUAUAACCUUGACGCCACCCAUUGGUUCGUGGAUUACGGUUUUGAAGCCUCGAGUUCGGCAUUUUGGCCGUGGCCAUCUUGAUUUUUUGCAACCGGAAGUGACAUGAGAGGGUGGAGCUAAGCACAGCUGAAUGCUGAAUAAGACAUUUUCAGUAUACG